AUGAAAAUAUUGGUGGCAGCAGACGACAUUGCGUCGGGAAAGUUAAUUGAGUGUAACAGAGGUACAGACACCUCCAAAGAGGACUCUGUUCAACCGAAGUCCAUCACGAAUUGCUUCACAGUACCAAAGUUCAACUACAGCUCAAGAAUAACGCACUUGAUCAAUUACAACUACCAGUACUUUAUUGCUUCUAGAAUUGAUGGAACUGUGUCAGUUUACGAUUAUGAGGAGGACACAGAAGCGAGAAAGAUCUUGGCAGCGGAUGAAAAGGAUGAAUUGGACUUAAAGGCUAAUUUGUUCAAACACUUGCAUGAUUACAAGGUACCCAUCGCUGCCAGGGACAAACCUAUUGGGUUGUUCAAGCUCGAAAAAUUGGAUAGUGUUUUACUACCAUACACCUCGGGCAAGGUAUUUUUGAUAUAUAUUGGUGAUUUCAAAUUUGAGCCAUUGGAGAUAAACUUACCAGUGGAAAGUCCGAUUGAAGCUUUUGCAGUGAGUCCUGAUUUUGAGAACAUUGCUGCUUACGGGGGUAAAGAAGUUGACUUGAAAGUAGUAGAGCUUCACGACGAAAAGUUAAAUAGCUCUAUCUUCAAGAAGGAUUACAAGAACCUUUUCAAUCCAAAAGUUGUGUUUGCAGCCAAGAAUGUCAAGAACGACCACUUAGACUUGAGGGUUCCUAUUUGGAUCACUAAUAUAUUAUUUUUUCAGAAUGAGUCGAAGGAGAGUUUUAAGCUUUUAACUUCGACACAUUAUGGCCACUUAAGGGUGUAUGACUCUACACAUGGAAGAAAGCCAUUGAAAAACUAUCAAGUUUCUCAGGAUCCAAUCUUAACUUUAACUUUUGCAGACGAAGAGCAGAAAGAUGUGAUAGUUACUGGCCCCAAUAGCUUGAUUGCUAAAUAUUCCUUGACACAAGUUGACGAGAAAGCCUUUAAAACAAACUCGGCAUCUGCAGGAGAAAUCGUCAAAGCGGUGCCUAAAUCUUUAGGUAAAUACACUGGUGGGAAUACAGGAGCAACUUAUGCAGUCGAGGUUGUGGAGAACAUUGCCGCAUUUGCAGGACUAGACAGGUAUCUCCGAGUCUUUGAUGUCUCAACUCGAGAAUUGUUAGCCAAAGUCUAUCUUGGUGUGGAAGUAAGCUCAUUAGUCAUAUUAGAUGACGAGGAUGAAGAAGAAGAGGAAGUUAAACGAAAGAGAGAAGCUGAAGAAGAGGAAGAUGAACAAUUGUGGAACCAACUUGACAAGAAACAAAAAACUUCUACUUAG